CCACUCCCCACACACACUCUGGCCAAAUUUCUCAGCAUUUAUUUAUUCCACGCCUCUCCUCCUUGAUUUAAAAGCUAAGCCAGCCCAAUUUUUAGACAGCAAAGGGAAAGCCAUCCAAGAAAUGAGAAUGGUAUUCUUCCUAAGAACUUUUAGUUAUCACUACAUCUGAGCAAAGAAAACACAGUUUAGAGUUCUGGGUGUUUUUUGUUUUGCAUUUUCUUGUGUAAAGACUGGACCUUUAUGGUUCUCUGUGUUCUUUGGCUGGCACAGUUCUGGUGAGGAGAUUCCAAGAAACUGAGAUUCAAUUCGAUUAGUGAAAAUCAUCAAUCUAAUUCAGCCCUUUGAUUUGCUUUCAAGUGUUUGUAGAUAUGAUGGCAGUGACAUCAAGCUGCAAAGAGGACAGUGGGAAGAUGGGAUUAGACAAUGGGAAAUAUGUGAGGUACACACCGGAGCAGAUCGAGGCACUGGAGAGGCUAUACCAUGAAUGUCCCAAGCCGAGCUCACUCCGCAGGCAACAGCUCAUCAGAGAUUGCCCUCUUCUUGCCAAUAUUGAGCCCAAACAGAUCAAAGUUUGGUUUCAGAAUCGAAGGUGCAGGGAGAAGCAGCGGAAGGAGGCAUCACGCCUCCAAGCGGUGAACCGAAAGUUGACUGCAAUGAAUAAGCUGUUAAUGGAGGAGAAUGAUAGGCUGCAGAAGCAAGUUUCACAGUUGGUAGUUGAGAACAGCUAUUUCCGUCAGCACAAUCCCAAUGCAGCUCUUGCUACUACUGACAAUAGUUGUGAAUCUGUGGUGACGAGCGGUCAACACAAUUUAACUCCUCAUCGUCCUCCUCCGAGAGAUGCAAGUCCUGCAGGACUCAUGUCCUUAGCUGAGGAGACUUUAACAGAGUUUCUGUCCAAGGCCACUGGAACUGCUGUGGAGUGGGUCCAAAUGCCUGGAAUGAAGCCUGGUCCGGAUUCCUUUGGAAUCAUAGCCAUUUCUCGUGGUUGCAUUGGUGUAGCCUCACGUGCUUGCGGUCUUGUGGGUAUGGAACCAACAAGAGUUGCAGACAUCCUUAAAGAUCGGCCAUCUUGGUUUCGUGAUUGUCGAGCUGUGGAAGUUCUCAAUGCAAUGUCUACUGGAAAUGGUGGCACCGUCGAACUACUAUACAUGCAGCUAUAUGCACCUACAACCCUUGCACCGGCUCGUGACUUCUGGUUACUACGAUAUACGUCUGUCAUGGAAGAUGGAAGUCUUGUGGUAUGUGAAAGGUCAUUGAAUAACACUCAGAAUGGUCCUAGCAUGCCACCAGUGCAGCAUUUUGUGAGAGCAGAGAUGUUGCCAAGUGGAUAUCUGAUAAGGCCGUGCGAAGGUGGUGGGUCCAUCAUUCAUAUCGUCGACCAUCUUGAUUUAGAGCCAUGGAGUGUUCCUGAAGUGCUGCGUCCAUUAUACGAGUCAUCAACUCUACUAUCCCAGAGGACAACGCUCGCGGCUUUACGUCACUUGAGGCAGAUCUCACAAGAGAUUUCUCAGCCUAAUGUGAGUGGUUGGGGACGAAGACCAGCUGCCUUGCGUGCACUUGGCCAAAGAUUGAGCAAGGGGUUUAAUGAGGCUGUGAACUGUUUUACGGACGAAGGGUGGUCGAUGAUAGGCAGUGAUGGCAUUGAUGAUGUCGCCAUCAUGGUGAAUUCCUCCACUGCCAAAUUGGUGUCUGCAAAUGUGGCUUAUGCUAAUGGACUCCCACCUUUGGGUGGUGCUGUUCUAUGUGCCAAGGCUUCCAUGCUUUUGCAGAAUGUACCUCCAGCAAUCCUUCUAAGGUUCUUGCGUGAGCACCGGUCAGAAUGGGCAGAUAACAGCAUUGAUGCGUAUUCUGCGUCUUCUAUCAAAGCCAGCCCUUGCGGUCUCCAACCCCGACCGGGAAGUUUUGGCGGGCAGGUCAUUCUUCCCUUGGCUCAAACCAUAGAGCAUGAAGAGUUUAUGGAGGUAGUUAGGCUGGAAAACACGGGCCACUAUCGAGAAGAUAUGUUUGCAGCUAGUGACAUCUUUCUGUUACAACUUUGCAAUGGAGUGGAUGAGAGUGCCGUUGGCACAAGUAGUGAGCUAAUCUUUGCCCCUAUAGACGCUUCUUUCGCGGACGAUGCACCCCUUCUUCCCUCUGGUUUCCGGAUCAUUCCACUAGAUUCUAGAGCUGAUUCCCAAACCGCAAGCCGAACCCUUGACUUGGCAUCAACCCUUGAGGUUGGGACAGGUGGGGUCCGCGCGAGCGGGGAUCACCAAUCUAAUAAGCAGUGUAGCAGCAGCAGCAGAUCAGUUAUGACAAUUGCUUUUCAGUUUGCAUUUGACAUCCAUCUUCAAGAGAACAUAGCAGCUAUGGCCCGGCAAUAUGUGCGCGGCAUCAUUUCGUCUGUCCAGAGGGUAGCAUUGGCUCUCUCCCCUUCACGUCUUGACCCUCACUCCGGUCUUCGGUCUCCACCCGGCACGCCCGAAGCCCAUACGCUUGCCCGUUGGAUUACCCAAAGCUAUAGAUAUUUUCUGGGCAUGGAUCUUUUCAAACCUGUUAGCGAAGGAAGCGAAUCUUUCCUCAAAUCACUUUGGCAUCACUCAGAUGCUCUCAUGUGUUGCUCUUUAAAGGCUUUACCCGUUUUCACAUUCGCAAAUGAGGCCGGGCUUGAUAUGCUGGAAACAACCUUAGCAGCACUGCAAGAUAUUACACUGGAAAAGGUUUUUGAUGACAAUGGCAGAAAGACACUCUUGUCUGAGCUUCCACAGAUCAUGCAACAGGGAUUCAGUUGUCUCCAAAGUGGGAUAUGCUUGUCAAGCAUGGGGAGACCGGUUUCGUUUGAGAAGGCCGUGGCGUGGAAAGUGCUGGACGAAGAACAAAACCCUCACUCCAUUUGCUUCAUGUUCAUCAACUGGUCUUUUGUUUGAGCUUCUUUUUCUCUUCUUUUUGAAUAGGUCUCCCAGUUUCAGAAACUAGAUUGUGCAUCAGUGGUUGAGUAUAUACAGUAGUCAUAUG